AUGCUUCUGCUUCUUUCGGCAGCUAGAAGAGCGCCCAAAAUCCAUUGGGUGUGUCAGUCAUGUCGUGGGCACGCUUCCAGGAGUCCGAACACCUUCAAGUAUACUUCGUUGUCAACAGCCUCGCAAGAGCUCCGAAAAGGAGGGCCGGCUCGAACGCGGUUUGCUCCUUCACCGACCGGCUACCUGCACCUGGGAUCUUUGAGGACAGCAUUGUUUAACUUUCUGAUAGCCAAAGCUACCGGUGGAAAAUUCCUGUUGCGGAUCGAAGAUACUGAUCGGAAUAGGACGCUAAAGGGUGCUGAAGAGAAGUUGUUCCAGGAUUUGGAAUGGGCAGGUAUAGAAUGGGAUGAAGGUCCGAAAGUAGGAGGCCCUUUUGGUCCAUAUAAACAAUCCGAAAGAACGGCACUGUAUCGAGAGCAUGCUCAGAAGCUGCUAGAAUCUGGCCAUGCAUACAGAUGCUUCUGUUCUCCGGAAAGACUUUAUGAGCUGGCUGCACACCGUUCUAGACAGGGGUUACCGCCAGACUAUGACAGGACUUGUGCGCAUCUUCACGGAGAACAAUCCGAUGAGAAAGCUGCAAAAGGAGACGCUCAUGUUGUCAGACUCAAAGUACCGGACAAAUACCCUAUCUUCCAUGAUUUGGUGUAUGGUCUCGUACGGCAGCGCAGUGACUUGACGACGAAGCCAAGAGGCUUUGACGCUUUUGGAGCCAUUGGAUCUUUCGAUGAUCCUAUUCUGCUGAAGUCUGAUGGAUUUCCUACAUACCACCUUGCAAACGUUGUUGAUGAUCAUCUUAUGGAAAUUACUCAUGUUAUUCGAGGCUCUGAAUGGAUGUCAUCCACCCCAAAACAUCUAGCAAUGUAUCAAGCCUUCGGCUGGGAACCCCCAGCAUUCGCACACGUCGGUCUCCUCCUCGAUAAAGAUCGGCAAAAGCUCAGCAAACGCACUGCCUCUACCGAUAUUUCCGCCUACCGCGAAAUGGGCAUCUUUCCCGAAACCCUCACCAACUUCGUAGCUCUGCUAGGCUGGUCUCACAACGCAGGCAAGGAUAUCAUGAGCAUGAAAGACCUUAUCCACAACGCUAGCAUGAAGUACACGCGUGGCGACUCAAUCGUCGGCUUCGAGAAACUCAACUUCCUGCAGAAACGCCACGCUGCGCGGUAUGCUUCUCAAAGCGAAGCACCGGAUCACCCCCUCCACGAUCUGACUGAGCUCGCGGUAAAGCCCAUCGUGAAACUGCUCGACAGGCGUCUGGAGAACGCGGACAACCAGAUACCAAUCUAUAGCGCCAUUCCAAAAGGGCAGGCACGAGAAGAGUAUAUCCACGCCAUCCUCAUGGCUGACGCGCAAAACUAUCAAACACCGUCCGACUUUAUAACCCGCUCCCACUACUUCUUCAGCGCCCCUACCGCUGUCGAGCUCGCCGAAAAGGUACCAAAUUUGAAACUGCGCAAUGUCCCCCCCGGCAUCCCCUUCGUGCCGGACCUCGACACGGUCACUCUUUUCCGCUCCAUCUAUCAACAUCCAGAGGAGGAGUGGACCGUAGAACACAUCCGGGGGAAGAUAGCGUGGAUCAUCAAGCAAGGCACCACGAUGAGCUUGGUGGCCUUGAAUGAAGAUCAAGGCGAGACGGGCACGUCGGGGGGUGAAGGGGCGGAGAAGAUUAUCUCUCAGGCGUGGGGGAAGCUGUUGCAUGGGUAUCUGAGAUGGGCAAUUGCGGGGAGCGUGCCGGGGCCAGAUGGGGCCCAGACGAUGCAGAUCUUGGGUAGAGAGGAGACGAUGGGGAGGCUGGAGCUAGCGGAGAAGGUGAUGAGAGAAAGCCAGGCGGAGCGCGAGAGGAAGGCGGCAGAGAAGGGGGUUCAAGUCAAUAGGGAGUGGCUUUAG